UAUUGUGUGUGUGAACGAUAUAGCAUCGUGGAAAAUGGCGUGCUAAUUCACCGGCAACAACGACAGUGUUUUUGCGGAAAAACAAAUCAAAUAACCAUUGACCAAGGAUGAAAGCUGUGCAUGCUUGAUCAAGUAUUGUGUCUUCAUCCAUUGGUCAAUUUCUAACCCAAAAUGUCCAUACCGCCUUAUCAUUUGCUGGGUCCAAACCCAUGGGCCCAGAUGAUGGCUCAGCAACAAGCUGCCCAAAUGGCUGCAGCUCAAGCUGCUCAUGCUCAAGCCGCUGCUCAAGCUCAAGCUGCUCAUCAUGCUCAUAUGCAAGCAAUGAGUACAGGACCACCACUGCCUCAACCAUCACCCUCAAUGAAACAAUCUGAAAUUAUUACAGAAGAUAAAUUGCAAGAGAAAGCUCAAAAAUGGCAACAGCUUCAAUCCAAACGAUUUGCUGAAAAGCGCAAAUUUGGUUUUGUUGAUGCUCAAAAAGAAGAUAUGCCUCCAGAGCAUAUUAGAAAAAUAAUAAGAGAUCAUGGUGACAUGAGCAGUCGUAAAUAUAGACAUGAUAAACGAGUUUAUUUAGGUUCUCUUAAAUAUAUGCCUCAUGCGGUGAUGAAGUUACUUGAAAAUAUGCCCAUGCCUUGGGAACAAAUAAGAGAUGUCAAAGUAUUGUACCACAUCACUGGUGCUAUUACAUUUGUCAAUGAAAUACCAUGGGUCAUAGAGCCUCUGUACAUAGCUCAAUGGGGUACCAUGUGGGUUAUGAUGAGAAGAGAAAAAAGAGAUCGAAGACAUUUUAAACGCAUGAGAUUUCCACCUUUUGAUGAUGAAGAACCUCCAUUAGAUUAUGCUGACAAUGUUUUAGAUGUUGAACCUUUGGAAGCUAUCCAAAUUGAAAUGGAUGCAGACGAAGAUUCCCCUGUAGCUGAAUGGUUUUAUGAUCAUAAACCUCUUGUAGGAACAAAGUAUGUAAAUGGCUCCACUUAUAGAAAGUGGAACUUAUCUCUACCAGUUAUGGCAGCUCUCUACCGUCUAGCAAAUCCCUUGUUGACCGAUUUAGUAGAUAACAAUUACUUUUAUCUAUUUGAUCCUAAAUCAUUCUUCACUGCUAAAGCCUUGAAUAUGGCUAUUCCUGGUGGACCAAAGUUUGAACCUCUAGUUAAAGAUUCAAAUGCUGCCGAUGAAGAUUGGAAUGAAUUUAAUGAUAUUAACAAGAUUAUAAUUAGGCAACCAAUUAGAACUGAAUACAGAAUUGCUUUUCCUUAUUUGUAUAAUAACAUGCCGCAUUAUGUCCAUCUAUCAUGGUAUCACGCUCCAAAUGUUGUGUACAUUAAAACAGAAGAUCCAGAUUUACCUGCCUUCUACUUUGAUCCUCUGAUCAAUCCAAUUUCUCAUAGAAACUCGUUAAAGACAAAUGAACCUGUAAUUGAUGAUGAUGAGGAGUAUGUACUACCAGAAGGUGUUCAACCAUUCUAUCAAGAAACUCCUCUCUACACAGACAAUACAGCUAAUGGCAUUGCUUUGCUUUGGGCUCCACGACCAUUCAAUACUAGAUCUGAUAGAACUAGAAGAGCAAUCGAUAUUCCCUUAGUAAAGUCAUGGUACAGAGAACAUGCUCCACCAGGACAACCCGUGAAAGUCAGAGUUAGUUAUCAAAAAUUACUGAAAUAUUUUGUUUUGAAUGCCUUGAAACACAGGCACCCUAAACCUCAAAAGAAAAGAUAUCUAUUCCGUUCAUUCAAAUCAACGAAAUUCUUCCAAACAACUAUGAUUGAUUGGGUAGAAGCUGGUUUACAAGUAUGCCGUCAAGGAUAUAAUAUGUUGAAUUUAUUGAUACACCGAAAGAAUCUGAACUACCUUCAUCUGGAUUACAAUUUCAACUUAAAACCUAGCAAGACACUAACCACCAAGGAAAGAAAAAAAUCUCGUUUCGGAAACGCCUUCCAUCUUUGCCGCGAAAUUCUUCGGCUGACUAAGUUGAUUAUUGAUUCACAUGUUCAAUACCGCUUGAAUAAUGUUGAUGCUUUCCAACUAGCUGAUGGUCUUCAAUAUAUCUUUGCUCAUGUUGGUCAGUUAACUGGAAUGUAUCGUUAUAAAUACAAGUUGAUGAGACAGAUAAGAAUGUGCAAAGAUUUGAAGCAUUUAAUUUACUAUCGAUUCAAUACUGGUCCAGUUGGAAAAGGACCAGGCUGCGGAUUUUGGGCACCUGGUUGGCGUGUGUGGCUUUUCUUCAUGCGUGGAAUCACACCUCUAUUAGAAAGAUGGCUUGGGAAUUUAUUGUCGAGACAAUUUGAAGGACGACACUCUAAAGGUGUUGCAAAAACUGUGACUAAACAAAGAGUAGAGUCUCACUUUGAUCUAGAGCUUAGAGCAUCUGUUAUGCACGAUAUUGUAGACAUGAUGCCAGAAGGUAUCAAACAGAAUAAAGCCAGAACAAUCUUGCAGCAUUUGAGUGAAGCCUGGAGAUGUUGGAAAGCAAACAUUCCGUGGAAGGUUCCAGGAUUGCCCAUUCCUAUUGAAAAUAUGAUUCUUAGAUACGUCAAAAUGAAAGCUGAUUGGUGGACAAAUACUGCGCAUUACAAUCGCGAGCGUAUUCGUAGAGGAGCUACAGUUGACAAAACCGUAUGUAAAAAAAAUUUGGGACGCCUCACUCGACUCUACUUGAAAGCUGAGCAAGAACGUCAACAUAACUAUCUGAAGGAUGGGCCAUAUAUUUCGCCUGAAGAAGCCGUUGCAAUUUACACUACUACCGUUCAUUGGCUUGAAUCAAGAAGAUUCGCUCCAAUUCCUUUCCCACCACUUUCUUAUAAACAUGACACCAAAUUACUUAUAUUAGCCCUUGAAAGAUUGAAAGAAGCUUACAGCGUUAAAUCAAGAUUGAAUCAGAGCCAAAGAGAAGAGCUCGGAUUAAUUGAACAAGCCUAUGAUAAUCCUCAUGAAGCAUUAUCCAGGAUCAAGCGUCAUUUGCUUACUCAAAGAGCAUUUAAAGAAGUUGGUAUUGAAUUCAUGGAUCUGUACAGCCAUUUGAUACCGGUUUAUGAUGUAGAACCUUUAGAAAAAAUCACAGAUGCAUAUCUAGAUCAAUACUUGUGGUACGAAGCCGAUAAGCGUCGUCUUUUCCCACCAUGGGUUAAGCCCGCUGAUGCCGAACCUCCUCCAUUACUUGUCUACAAGUGGUGCCAAGGUAUAAAUAACCUUCAGGAUGUUUGGGAUGUUAGCGAAGGUGAAUGCAAUGUUCUGCUGGAAUCGAAGUUUGAGAAACUGUACGAAAAGAUUGACUUAACCUUACUCAAUCGAUUAUUGCGUCUCAUUGUUGAUCAUAAUAUUGCUGAUUACAUGACAGCCAAAAACAACGUUGUCAUAAAUUACAAAGACAUGAAUCACACCAACAGUUAUGGCAUCAUAAGGGGUCUUCAAUUUGCUUCGUUUAUUGCACAAUACUAUGGCCUCGUAUUGGAUUUGUUGGUCCUUGGUCUGCAAAGGGCUAGUGAAAUGGCUGGUCCACCACAGAUGCCCAAUGAAUUCCUUACAUUCCAGGACGUCGCUUCCGAAGUUGCCCAUCCAAUCCGCUUGUACUGUCGUUACGUCGAUAGAAUUCAUCUUUUCUUGCGCUUCAGUGCCGAUGAAGCGCGUGAUUUGAUUCAGCGAUAUUUAACAGAACAUCCAGAUCCUAACAAUGAAAAUAUAGUUGGCUACAACAAUAAGAAAUGUUGGCCACGUGAUGCGCGUAUGCGUCUGAUGAAACACGAUGUUAAUCUUGGCCGUGCUGUCUUUUGGGAUAUCAAAAACCGUUUGCCUCGUUCAGCAACUACUGUUCAAUGGGAAAACAGUUUUGUCAGUGUUUACAGCAAAGACAAUCCAAAUUUGCUAUUUAAUAUGAGUGGCUUUGAAUGCCGUAUAUUGCCUAAAUGUCGAAUGACGCAUGAAGAAUUUACGCACAGAGAUGGUGUUUGGAAUCUUCAGAAUGAAGUAACCAAAGAACGUACGGCACAAUGCUUUUUAAGAGUCGAUGAUGAGAGUUUACAAAGAUUCCACAAUCGUGUCCGACAAAUUCUCAUGGCAUCAGGCUCAACUACUUUCACAAAAAUUGUCAACAAAUGGAACACUGCAUUGAUUGGUCUUAUGACCUAUUUCCGUGAAGCAGUUGUCAAUACACAAGAAUUGCUCGAUUUAUUAGUUAAAUGUGAGAACAAAAUACAAACUCGUAUCAAAAUUGGUCUUAAUUCAAAAAUGCCUUCGAGAUUUCCACCCGUUGUAUUUUAUACACCGAAAGAAUUGGGAGGCUUAGGAAUGUUGUCUAUGGGUCAUGUACUUAUUCCACAAUCAGAUCUUCGGUGGUCUAAACAGACUGAAGUGGGUAUUACUCAUUUCCGUUCGGGUAUGAGCCACGACGAAGAUCAGCUCAUUCCAAAUUUGUACAGAUAUAUUCAACCCUGGGAAUCUGAAUUCAUUGAUUCACAAAGAGUGUGGGCAGAAUACGCAUUAAAACGUCAAGAAGCUAAUGCACAAAAUCGUCGUUUAACUCUUGAAGAUCUCGAGGACAGUUGGGAUCGUGGUAUCCCUCGUAUUAAUACUUUGUUCCAAAAAGACAGACACACUCUUGCGUAUGACAAGGGUUGGAGGAUACGUACAGAAUUUAAACAAUAUCAGGUUUUGAAGCAAAAUCCGUUCUGGUGGACUCAUCAACGUCACGACGGCAAAUUGUGGAAUUUAAAUAACUAUAGAACAGAUAUGAUUCAAGCUUUGGGUGGUGUUGAAGGAAUCUUGGAACACACUCUUUUCAAAGGAACAUACUUCCCUACAUGGGAAGGUCUGUUCUGGGAAAAAGCAUCAGGCUUUGAAGAAUCAAUGAAGUACAAAAAAUUGACUAACGCUCAACGAUCUGGUUUGAAUCAAAUUCCUAAUCGUCGUUUUACCUUGUGGUGGUCGCCCACUAUUAACAGAGCCAAUGUAUAUGUUGGUUUCCAAGUACAACUAGAUUUGACAGGAAUUUUCAUGCACGGAAAGAUUCCAACUUUAAAAAUUUCUCUUAUUCAAAUUUUCCGUGCUCACUUGUGGCAAAAAGUCCACGAGUCCAUCGUUAUGGAUCUUUGUCAAGUUUUUGAUCAAGAACUUGAUGCUCUAGAAAUUGAAACAGUACAAAAAGAAACCAUACAUCCACGUAAAUCUUACAAAAUGAACUCUUCAUGUGCCGAUAUUUUACUGUUCUCUGCAUACAAGUGGAACGUCUCAAGACCAUCGCUUUUGGCUGACUCUAAAGACGUGAUGGACAAUACUACGACGCAAAAAUACUGGAUUGACGUUCAGUUACGUUGGGGUGAUUAUGAUUCUCACGACAUAGAACGUUAUGCCCGAGCCAAAUUUUUAGAUUACACUACUGACAACAUGUCAAUAUAUCCAUCUCCAACCGGUUUAUUGAUUGCUAUUGACUUGGCCUACAACUUACACAGUGCAUAUGGUAACUGGUUCCCUGGUUGCAAGCCUUUAAUUCAACAGGCCAUGGCUAAAAUUAUGAAAGCUAAUCCUGCUCUGUAUGUGUUGAGAGAACGUAUAAGGAAAGCAUUGCAGUUGUACUCGUCCGAGCCCACUGAGCCCUACCUAUCGUCGCAAAAUUACGGAGAGCUGUUCUGUAACCAAAUUAUUUGGUUCGUCGACGAUACCAACGUUUAUCGUGUUACUAUUCACAAAACGUUUGAAGGAAACUUGACGACGAAGCCCAUCAACGGCGCAAUUUUCAUUUUCAAUCCCAGAACCGGACAACUGUUUCUCAAGAUUAUUCAUACUUCGGUAUGGGCAGGUCAGAAACGUCUGGGUCAAUUAGCUAAGUGGAAGACUGCAGAAGAAGUUGCUGCUCUUAUUCGUUCACUGCCUGUUGAAGAACAACCUAAGCAAAUUAUCGUUACUCGUAAGGGAAUGUUGGACCCGCUGGAAGUGCAUUUACUUGACUUCCCAAAUAUUGUUAUUAAAGGUUCCGAGUUACAAUUACCAUUCCAAGCUUGUCUCAAAGUUGAGAAGUUCGGUGAUCUCAUUUUGAAAGCAACUGAACCACAAAUGGUAUUAUUCAAUCUAUACGAUGAUUGGCUCAAAACAAUUUCAUCUUAUACUGCAUUCUCUCGUUUAAUUUUAAUUCUCCGUGCUCUGCACGUGAAUACUGAAAGAACCAAAGUGGUUCUUAAACCAGAUAAAACAACUAUCACUGAACCUCAUCACAUAUGGCCAUCACUUACUGAUGACGAAUGGGUCAAGGUUGAAGUACAAUUGAAGGAUCUAAUUCUUGCCGAUUAUGGUAAGAAGAACAACGUCAACGUUGCUUCUUUAACACAGUCCGAAAUUCGAGACAUUAUUCUUGGUAUGGAAAUUAGUGCACCAUCGGCUCAAAGACAACAAAUUGCUGAAAUUGAGAAGCAGACUAAAGAACAAUCUCAACUCACUGCUACUACAACCAGAACAGUCAACAAACACGGUGAUGAAAUUAUUACCGCAACAACAUCCAACUACGAAACACAAUCCUUCAGUUCCAAAACUGAAUGGCGUAUUCGAGCCAUUUCAGCUACUAAUUUGCAUUUGCGAACAAAUCAUAUUUACGUCAGUUCUGAUGAUAUCAAGGAAACUGGUUACACGUACAUUUUACCGAAAAACGUUCUAAAGAAAUUCGUGACUAUCUCCGAUUUGCGUGCUCAAAUCGCCGGAUAUUUAUAUGGUGUCAGUCCACCUGACAAUCCUCAAGUAAAAGAAAUUAGAUGCAUUGUCAUGCCUCCUCAAUGGGGAACCCAUCAAACUGUGCAUCUCCCCAGUACGUUACCUGGUCAUCAGUAUCUCAAAGAAAUGGAACCUUUGGGGUGGAUUCACACUCAACCUAAUGAAUUGCCUCAGUUGUCACCACAGGAUAUUACAACACACGCUAAAGUGAUGGCAGAAAAUCCAGCUUGGGAUGGUGAAAAGACAAUAGUGAUAACUUGCAGUUUCACUCCUGGUUCCUGUUCUCUAACAGCUUAUAAGCUGACUCCAAGCGGAUUUGAAUGGGGUAAACAAAACACCGACAAAGGAAAUAAUCCAAAAGGUUACCUUCCAAGUCAUUACGAAAAGGUUCAAAUGUUACUAUCUGAUAGAUUCCUUGGAUUCUUCAUGGUACCGAAUCAAGGGUCAUGGAAUUAUAACUUUAUGGGUGUGAGACACGAUCCAAAUAUGAAGUAUGAACUUCAAUUGAUGAACCCGAAAGAAUUUUACCAUGAAGUACACAGACCCGCCCACUUCCUUAACUUUGCAAGUCUGGAAGAUGGUGAUGGUGUUGGAGCAGAUCGUGAAGAUAUGUACGCUUAAAUAAAUAUCUUAGCAUAUUUAAGCACUUUGUAAAUAUUUGAUUAUAAUCAUUUUCAAUCUUUAAUUCAUCAUUAAAGACGAAAUAUUUUAAUUCAUCAUGUAAAAAAAAGACAAAAAUGUAUACAGUUAAAAAGGAUCAUUUGAGUAUCACAACUUACUUUUUCAUUUUUAAUCAUAAUACUUGAAAUUUGCCUUUUACUCUACAUUUAUUCAAUUGUACUACAAAAAGUGAUUAAAAAUUUAAUUAACUGAACAACAAA